GGGCUGGCCAUCGCCUCGCACAGCGUGUGCCUGACCCGGCUCCUGAUGGCGGCCGCUUUCCCGGUGUGUUACCCGCUGGGCCGCCUGCUGGACUGGGCGCUGCGCCAGGAGAUCAGCACUUUCUACACGAGGGAAAAGCUGCUGGAGACGCUGCGGGCCGCGGACCCCUACAACGACCUGGUGAAAGAGGAGCUCAACAUCAUUCAGGGCGCCCUGGAGCUGCGCACCAAGGUGGUGGAGGAGGUGCUGACCCCGCUGGGCGAUUGCUUCAUGCUGCGCUCCGACGCCGUGCUGGACUUCUCCACGGUGUCCGAGAUCCUGCGCAGCGGCUACACUCGCAUCCCCGUGUACGAGGGCGAUCAGCGGCACAACAUUGUGGACAUUCUGUUUGUCAAGGACUUGGCCUUCGUGGACCCCGAUGACUGCACCCCACUCCUCACUGUCACCCGCUUCUACAACCGGCCCCUGCACUGCGUCUUCAAUGAUACUCGGCUGGACACGGUGCUGGAGGAGUUUAAGAAGGGAAAAUCUCACCUGGCCAUUGUCCAGCGGGUGAAUAAUGAGGGAGAAGGGGACCCCUUCUAUGAGGUGAUGGGCAUUGUCACACUGGAAGACAUCAUAGAGGAGAUCAUCAAGUCAGAGAUCCUGGACGAAACUGACCUCUACACCGACAAUCGGAAAAAGCAGAGGGUCCCGCACCGGGAGAGGAAGCGGCAUGACUUCUCCUUGUUUAAGCUUUCUGACUCGGAGAUGCGAGUGAAGGUCUCCCCACAGCUUCUGCUGGCCACACACCGCUUCAUGGCCACAGAAGUGGAGCCCUUUAAGUCUCUGUACCUUUCGGAGAAGAUCCUACUCCGGCUCCUGAAACAUCCCCACGUGAUCCAGGAGCUGAAGUUUGAUGACAAGAACAAGAAAGCCCCGGAACACUACCUCUACCAGCGCAGCCGCCCCGUGGACUACUUUGUGCUGCUGCUCCAGGGGAAAGUGGAGGUGGAGGUUGGUAAGGAAGGCCUUCGUUUCGAGAAUGGAGCCUUCACCUACUAUGGUGUCCCAGCCAUCAUGACCACUUCUUGCUCAGAUAAUGAUGUGCGGAAGGCGGGAAGCCUGGCUGGAUCCUCUGCCUUCCGUAUGUCGACCCCUUCCAACUGUCCCAUCCUCAACCGCUCGGAGUCUCCCAACCGUGAGCGCAGUGACUUUGGGGGCAGCAACACCCAGCUGUGCAGCAGCAACAACCUCUACACUCCUGACUACUCAGUCCAUAUCCUCAGCGACGUGCAGUUUGUAAAGAUCACACGGCAGCAGUACCAGAAUGCGCUCACCGCCUGCCACAUGGACAACUCACCCCAGUCCCCCGACAUGGAGGCCUUCACUGACGGAGACUCCACCAAGGCCCCCACGACCCGGGGCACACCCCAGAGCCCCAAGGAUGACGCUGCUGUCAUCCUAAACAACAGGAACAGCCUGCCAUGCAGCCGCUCCGAUGGGCUGAGAAGCCCCGGCGAGGUCGUGUACCUGAGGAUGGAGGAGAUGGGCUUCCCCCAGGAGGAUAUGACAGACUUCCAGGAGCACAGCACACAGCAGCUCUCAGUGUCUCCUGCAGCCAUUCCCACAAGAGCAGCAUCGGAUAGUGAAUGUUGUAACAUCAACCUGGACACAGAGACCAGUCCCUGCAGUAGUGACUUUGAGGAAACCAUGGGCAAGAGGCUGCUGAGAACCUUGAGUGGUCGAAAAAGGAAGAGGUCACCCGAUGGAGAGAGAGCCUCUGAGGAGAACUCCAAUUUAACACCUCUCAUCACAUGAUGGGCAGACAACUUUUGCUGGGUGUGUGACAUUCCAGAGCUUUGGGGGAGAACCCACCCUCCUGUCAUCUGCUUCUCCCCAAGGCCUCCCACAGGUGACAGAGCGUUCUGCUUCCCUCACCACCUCUUCACCCCUGUCAGUUUAGCAGACUUUCCCUCAUCGCCUCCAGUUGGACUCAGAGCCUGCAGUGGCCAAGAUGGAAGGAGGUGCCUCGAGUGGAACAUGCUAGAAAUGGCCUCGUCCACAGCACAGCCUGGGACUGGAGAAGACAUGACUCCAGGCUGACAAUACCACUCUGGGACCCCUAAUGCCCUUUUUGUUCUACGAGAUUCCCCUGAUGCCAUAUUUCAUGCGUAGCUUAGCUCAGAAGGUGCCGCUGACAGGCACAGCGGAGGCUGGAGCAGCAAGCGUGACGGUGUGUUCAGAAGAUGCACCAAGAAUUCCUCCAGAACUUCAGGGCAGCUGGACUCAGCCAUGUGGGCGUGACAUGACAAUACAGAAAACUGUUGGUGACCAGUUUCCUGUUAGGUAAGGGCUCCAGCAGCCUGGGAACUGGGUCUCAGCUGGAGUGGAAAGAAUGCCAGAUGGAACCUCAAGUCACUGAUUUUCCCAGGGACACAUCUGCUUUGGCUCCCAAUCGGCAGUUACCAAUCCAUCAGUAAAUCUGCUCUGGAAGAGGAGGGACCGGGAACAGAGAGACCCAAUUGGGAGCCAGAGAUGGAGCUUCAGGUUUUAAGUUCAAAUCAAAGCAAAUAUGUAUUUUCCCAUAUACAUGUGUGUGUAUAUGGAAAAAUUCUAAGCUGUUGAAGCAAGUUUAGCCAUGACAAACCAAAGAGUGCCCACGUCAGCCAAGACGGAUGCAAGCUCUCAUGGGACUUCAGUGUGCAUUACACGGGAACAUUGAAGAGUACUCCUCUUUCUCAUCCACUCCCCCCACUCCUCCCCCUUACUGCACCCCCAGCAAGUUAGCCAUGUGUACUUUAUUCCAAGAACAUACUAAAUUUCUGCCAUUUCACUUGGAUGUGGGGGCAGAUGCAAUUCCAAGCAUAACCAUCAGAUGGCAGGAUGACUGCACGUACCUACGUGAAAAAAAAAGUUCUGAUCGGGACACAGAGCCAGCCUUAGGGAAAAUGUGGAAGUGAAGGUCUUUGGGACCCCAAGUCCCUUUCUGAUCUAUCGCCCUGAUCCAGUGCUGCCUGCUGAAUCUCCAAACCAUUCCCUAACUUUUCCCUGGGGUGGGGCACCAGGCUUACCUCCCCUUCCUCCACAACCAUUACUCCUCUUGCCCCACACCCAUUCAAUUAGUAAUCACAUGAUGGUUCCUCUGGGUUAUUUGCAGCUUAUCCAUAGGAACCUUUAACUCAGGGGUUCUUAACUUGGGGGGUCCAUCACUCCAGGGGGUCCAUUGUUGGACUUCAUAGGGUCUAUGAAACCCCUAACACUAGGAAUUUAGUGUCUGUGUUCUUAUGCCUGUUUUCCAGAGGGCUAAAGCUUUCAUAGAUCCUCAAAGGUCCUGGAUCCACAAAGGGUUAAAACCUACUUUAACGGAAAGUGGAGCUUUCAGCCCAAAGUUUCUGCAAUGCAGAGUGAAGUGAGCACUGGCAGUCUGAGACAGAUUUUUAAUUGUAAGUGGUCUUCGCAAGUGUCCUUGAAAUUGAUGGGGGGAGCUGGCACCCACCGAGAAGUGGAAUUCCUCGGAAAUUCUUGGCACAACCUAGGCUGUUGUACAGCCUACACCCCACAUAACCUCAUCCCCUCUCCCCCUCCGAACCGGAGCAGGUGUUGCAGACAGGAAGGCCACGGCGUGUGGAAGACUUUCCAGCUGGUGAUGCCUUUUCCAGCAGCGUAUUAGCAAUGUAUUACUGACUUCACAUCCUUUGCCUGGCUCUGCCUGAGGCUCAGUAGUGCAUGACUUCUAGAUAGUUCCAAGGCUACCACCUGCCCCCAACACCUACUCUUGCCUGGUAGGA